AAGUAAUGCAGAUGUACGCAGGUGAUGAUAAAAUUUAUACAGGUUGGUUUUUGUGAUGUCAAUAUUUAUAUAUAUUUUCUCAAGGACUGUAAAAUAUGUUACUAUUUACAUGUUAUACGUGAUGACUCACGUGCAAUAAGUACCGAUCAAUCAACAGUAUCUAGAUGUUUUUCAAACCCACAGCUUGUUUCCUUUUGUACUACCAUCCACCUGACAGGUGUUGAAUUACUGUGCGAGUUACUCAACAGUUUCAACCAUAAAAAAAUGUCAGACCCACAGAGGACUCCCUUGAACGCAGGAAACUUCCGGAAAAAAUAUACAGAGUCUGUAAAAACGGAAAAAGAUAAUGUACUCGAGAAAGGGACUCUGUCUUUGGCUCAGAAACUGGAGUUAAGACUUGACUUGAUGACGUGUAGACGUCGGGUAGUAGACAUGGAAUUCGCCCUGGCGAUGAUUGGGAUCAUCCUGAUGGUUUUUGAGGCGGAGUUGUACAUUAACCAGAAAAUCUCCAAACUCGGCUUUUAUUCUCUCAUGCUGAAGUGUUUAAUCUCGUUGUUUACGGUGUUUCUCCUGAUUUUUAUUUGUGCAGAAUAUUAUGUUUCUGCAAAAAUCAGAGCGCUGGAUUCAAACAUCCAAAGCGUUCUGUCGGUGAUGACAUUUCGUCAGUGGAUGUAUUUAGUUUUAGAAUUAGUCGUCUGCUCCAUCCACCCGUUUCCUGGAAAUAUCAAGUUUGAAUAUUCUUCAACGCAAGGUGUUAUCCAUUCCGUGAGCAUUGAUGCGAUCCUGUCCAUAGUGAUGCUGGGCCGCUUAUAUCUCGUUUGUCAUUUUGCAGUGGUCCAUAGCAAUAUGGUGACGGACACCUUUAUUUACAGCAUUGGAAUGAUAAGCAAAACAAAAAUAAACACCACUUUUGUGAUCAAAGCUCUGAUCAGCAAGAGGCCAGGGUUCCUCCUCAUAGUUGUUAUGGUAACCACGGUCAUUGUGAAUACUUGGGCCUACAGAGCGUGCGAGUUGUAUUUUGACCGGAACAAGUACAAGAAGAACUCCAUCUUUGAAUCCCUGUGGAUCAUUACGAUGGUGUUUUUGUCUUCGGACCACGGUGAUGUUUUGCCGGAGAGCUACUGUGGUAGGUUUGUUGCUGUCGUGACCGCUGUCAUGGGAUUAAUCACUUCUUCUCUUUUAAUUGCAAUAAUAGCACAGCAAAUCGAACACACCCGAAGCGAGAAACACGUGUUUGCCUUUGCGUCACGUGUUCAAACUUCUUGCAAAAAGAAAUCCGCCGCUGCGGACGCCAUAAAAUCGUUCUUUAAGUUAACUGUUUUGAUAAAGUCUGGCAAAGCAGGUUAUCGUGAAAUUUCCAGACUUAAGGAUAAGGUGAAACAGAGCCUGAAGGUGAUGAGGACGACGAGGGAGGAGAUGAUGGACAUCUAUGACGACACAGUGGGCGUGGUCGAUGUGGCGGAGGUCACGUGGCGUGUUGAACAGAGAGUCAGUGUUCUCGAAAGUAGAUUUAAUUCAUUGGAGGAGAAAAUAGAUUUAAUAUUGUCAAAACUUGAAAGAUAGUCCAACGCCUCUUUUUUAUAGAUUAACAUCGAACUACGGAUAUGGAUUGCGAGUACGAUGUAAUUGGCAUGAGGAUUGAUAUUAUUCAUGUAUUUUGUUAUUAAAUUAACUGUAAAAAGUGCGUUAAACCUCUGUAACAACAAUACGUAUGUGUGCAAAUAAUUGAUUUUUUACGUGUACCGAUUGUUAUACAUGACUGUAUACCAUUAUCAUAAUACUAUGUAACGUUUUUUCCCUGCAUUUAUCAUAACGCUCGUUAUAAAACGUUACUUUGUUCAGAGAAACUUGUUUCAAUGGUUAUUUAUGGGCAUUAAGCUACAUGUGUCCGAUAUUUUUCAAUAAAAAUUAAUAGUUUAGUAGCAAGGGGACACAAUCUAAUCAAAAUUAAAUGUGUUUGGCCCCGUUAUACUACUACCAUGGUUAAGUCACGGUACAUCAAAUUUUAAUUAGAAGGACAAGUAGUCUUCGAAUUGCUAUUUACA